CUGGUUUAAGAGUGAGAGUACCAGUUUGUUCUUUAUAUGUACCUUGCACUUGCGAUAAAAGUAACGCCGAUAGUUCGUAGCCCAUGGCAGUUGCUUCUAAACCGUUGCAUGGAGUGGGUCGGUGUUUUUGUCGUGAUAAUAUGCGACUACGCAAUUAAUUAAUAAUAUAACAAUCAAAGAAAUCCUGCUGGUCCAUGUAUUAGCGUCCAAACGAAUGUAAACGAUUCCCAUUCAACUAAUCGUGUGCUUUCGAUAAAACUACUAAGUAGUACCCUAAGUGUUUUGUGUCAUAUACAAAUUCGAAAGAUGGUGCUUUCAGAAUGUUAUGGAUUCGCUAAAUAUGCAUUAAUUUGCGUGAACCUACUAUUUUGGGCUGUGGGUCUAGCAGGAGUGGUACUAGCAGUAUGGAUGUUAACAGACCAAACGUUCCUGAUGUCCCUGACUCAGGAACAGCAUAACUUUAACGCUGGUCUCUAUAUCCUCCUCUCAGCUGGGAUCCUGAUGCUGAUAGUAGCAUUUCUCGGCUGCUGUGGUGCCUUCCGUGAAUCCCAGUGUAUGCUGGUCGUUUUCUUCAGUUGCCUGCUGGUGGUUAUCGUUGCACAAAUCGCAGCUGGAGCUUGGCUUUACAGGAAUAGCGAUAGCCUCGAGGAGCUGGUCAAGUCUUCCGUGAUAAAUACCGUUAAGAAUAAAUAUGGCGAGGACGACUCUCAAACAGAGGCCGUCGAUGCAUUUCAAUCGGGUCUCGGAUGUUGCGGAGCUACUGGUCCAGCUGAUUGGACGGGUAGUAAAUAUGCAACCAAAGAUCCAUCGAUUCCCGUCAGCUUAACUGUUUCUGGCGAUGUGAAUACCAUGUACAAGGUGCCCGAAUCUUGCUGCAAGGAGAAAGAUAGCACUGUUUGUAAAAUAGCUCGCAAUAUUAAAGUCGCCAGUAUCAUUAAUCCAGCAAUUUAUAGCGAGGGUUGUAUAGACAAACUGAUGGAUGCACUGAAGAGCCAAAAAAACAUUGUCAUCGGUGUAGCAGCUGGCGUAGGUAUCCUGGAACUUCUUGGAUUAAUAUUUUCCCUGGUAUUGUGCUGUGCGAUUGGCUCCUCCGAUAGAUACAAAGCUUGAAUAGAAUAAAUUCUAUCUAUCGGUGUAUAAUCCUUCCUUAUGCCACAUAUCGUUGUGUCACAAUUUUUUAACUGGUAUUUGAUCUCUGUGCCAAUCCGAAUAUAGGUUUUUUCUUGUGUCUGUCUCUAAAGUUCGCAUGAAAAAAAAAGAAAACUUAUUUAAGAGAUUACAACAAAGAUAGCUCUAUUCAAGUGUUCAAAUUGAAUCUCUUUCAUUGAUAAGGUUCUGAUAUACAGUUUUUCAGUAUUGCAUACUGUAACGUUGUCCGAGAUUUCUAGAUAUUGUAUUAUUAUUCUGCUCAGGGACACAAAUGACAGAAUUUUUUUUACCCAUAUGUAUAUUUUAUAUGUUCAUGACAAUUAAUUUACACGGAUAAGGGAAAUCCAUUAUGAAUUAGUAUCUCAAAGAGUACUAAUGCUGAUUUAAUAUUCGUUGUCCCAUAUAUUCAUACUUUUUUAAGUAUCUGUAAAAUUUCAUAUCGAGGAAGGUACAUUGUAAAAAAGAUUCGGUUCCAGUUUCUUACUGCCAAAUGCUCUUUUCAUCUUUUUCUAUGCUAAAGACUUACACGAACGAGCAUUUAACGUUUUACAGAGUACCUAUAUGAUUUACAUUUUUUUUUUUUUCUUUGUUAGGCCAAAGUAGUAGACCAAACUAAUGUUAAUGUGUUAAAGAAGAAGCGAGAGAGAGAGAGAGAGAGAGAGAGAGAGAGAGAGAGAAAGCGAGAGAAAAAGAGGAAUGAAUUUAAUUAAAUUUCGAAUCGAGUGGAUAAUUCUCUGUUGCAACUGGUAUAUGCAAGGAACUGUAUACAAUUUCAUCUUCUUUUUUGCUCUCUAAACUGCCACACGAUCAUUUUUCUAUUCUAUUUUAUGCACAAAGUGUUUCCAACGUAUAACAAUUUUUGACUUCUUUUUCUUGCGUCGCUUUAACGAGUACAAAGCUUUGGAUAAAUAAUAUCCAAAACUGUUCUGUCGUUGCCAAUAUACCAGUUUUAACAUACGUAUAUAUAGAUAAAUAUAUAUAAUAUAUAUUAUAAUAUACAAGAUGAUCUGAAAAGAUUGAUCUGAUAAUUAAUAUUGACGUCUAAAUGAGAUUAUGUUAAGAAUGCUACCAAGCGAUUUUGUUUCGUGUAGCAUUAUAGUCUAUCCAUGUUAUCUUUAAAGUAAAAGAAAGUGGCUAUCUUUAAAAAAAAAAAAAAAAAAAUUUUGGACAUA